GAAAUGAUGAAUAGAACCACAGUGAGUGAAUUCCUGCUCUUGGGUUUUACCAGCAACCGUCAACUUGAAGUCCUGCUCGCAUCCCUACUGGCCAGUACAUACCUCCUGACCAUCACUGGGAAUGCAGUGAUUAUCACGAUCACACUGGUGAAUCACCAGCUCUGCACCCCGAUGUAUUUCUUCCUUCGACACUUUGCCAUACUGGAGAUCGGAUUCACCAUGACCAUCAUUCCCAAAGCACUGACCAACAUGUUCAGCGGUGAUGGAACCAUCUCUUUACCUGGAUGCUUCCUUCAGGUGUAUCUGUACCUAUCCCUGGGAUUGACAGAAUUCCUAUUGUUGGCUAUCAUGUCCAUUGAUAGAUACGUGGCCAUUUGCAACCCUCUCCAUUACACCUCCAUCAUGACUGGUCCCACCUGCUCACUACUGGUGCUUUGCUCUUGGAUGGCAGGGUUCUUGCUAAUUCUGGGUCCAGCAAUAGCAUUGCUUGGGUUGCCAUUUUGUGGCCCACGUGCCAUGGAUCAUUUCUUCUGUGACAUUGGAUCUCUGAUCAAACGGUCGUGCAUGGACACCAGUCUCCUGGAAUUCAUGGUUUUUCUUCUUGCUACUCUUUCCCUCCUUGGAACCUUGACCGUAAACCUUGUGUCCUAUGCCAAUAUCAUUUCCACCAUCAUGUGCAUCCCAUCCACAGAAGGGAGGCAGAAGGCCUUCUCCACCUGUAUCUCUCAAAUCACUGUGGUCUCUCUCACAUAUGGAAGCUGCAUCUUCAUGUACAUCAAACCAAGCUAUGCCAUGGAGUUAAGCUCCAGAAAGCGGGUAUCUAUUCUUAACACAGUAGUGGCCCCACUUCUAAAUCCAUUCAUAUACUGCCUGAGAAACAAGCAGGUUCAGGAUGCCCUGAAAACCAUUCUUAGUCAAAAGCUCUUUAAUCUCCAAAGUACAACCACAACCUAG